AUGAAGGCUUCGUUAAUACGGAUUUUGUCGCCUAAGCGCCGCGUUGACAUACUGCGUGAUGUCAUGGCCGCCAAGGAACAGGGCCGGCCCUAUACGAUGGUUUUCUGCGGUGUGAACGGCGUUGGCAAGUCUACCAAUUUGACAAAGAUUGCAUUUUGGUUGAACGAGAACAACUAUUCUGUGCUAAUUGCGGCAUGCGAUACGUUUCGUGCUGGCGCCGUUGAGCAGUUGAGAACACAUACGAAACACCUAAAUGCGCUGCACCCGGGUCGGGCUCAGCUCUACGAACAGGGCUACGGCAAGGAUUCUGCCGCCGUUGCAGUCCAAGCUAUCAGUUUUGCAACGGAGCAGAACAUCGACGUUGUUCUGAUCGAUACUGCUGGUCGUAUGCAGGACAAUGAACCAUUGAUGAGAUCACUGGCAAAGCUGAUCGUUAUCAACAAACCAGAUUUGGUGCUGUUCGUUGGCGAGGCACUGGUCGGCAACGAAGCUGUAGAUCAGCUGACGAAAUUCAAUCAGUCGCUGUGCGACCACAGUUUUGGAGGCAGUAACCCGCACUCCAUCGAUGGCAUCGUUCUGACAAAAUUCGAUACAAUCGACGAUAACGUUGGUGCUGCCGUCUCAAUGGCAUAUAUUACUGGUCAACCGAUCGUGUUUGUUGGCACCGGGCAGACAUAUAGAGAUCUGAAGAAUUUGGACGCAAACGCCGUUGUCCAAGCUCUUCUUCGAUGA